AGCAGCAUGGGCCUAAGGGGUGCCCGGAGCGCCGGAUGCUGAAGAUGACCGAGGCUAGAGCUCUCUUGAGUCAUGGCUUCUUCAAAGCUCCGAGAAACUGCAGAUGAGGUUUUUGACCUAGACUUGGCUGUGCCAGAGACCGCCAGACUGGACAGCAGUUUACACAAGGCCCGGGCCCAGCUGCUGGCCAAGGGCCGGAGACACCGGCCCUCCCGCUCCAGGCUUCGGGACAGUGCCAGCUCUGCUGAGGAUGGUGAAGGCUCUGAUGGCCCUGGAGGCAAGGUGACCGAUGGCUGUGGGAGUCCCCUGCACCGCCUGCGCUCGCCUUUGCACUCGGGCCCGGGUUCCCCCGCCGGGGGCUCCUUCUGCCUGGAGCCUCCCGGGCUGCGUCGCAGCCUAGACGAGGACGAGCCGCCGCCCUCGCCGCGCACCCGCUACCGACCCCUGCACAAUGCCACCUCCCACGAGGGCCUGGCCGCCGCCUCCAGCUCUCCGCCGCGCUCCGCGCCCUCCUCGGACAGCUCGCCCAGCUUCGUGCGCCGCCACCCGCGCGCAGAGCCGCACAGCGAAGAUGACAGCCGAGAUGCUAGCCCUCCUGAGCCGGCCAGCCCCACCAUUGGCCUGGAUAAGAAGACUCGCCGGAAGUUCCUGGACCUGGGGGUCACUCUCCGCCGGGCAUCCACUGGCAAGAGCCGGAAGGAGAAGGGCAGCAACCGCCUGUCCAUGGGUAGCAGGGAGUCGGUAGAGGGGUCUGGCAGGUCCGGAGGCUCCCCAUUCCUGCCCUUUUCCUGGUUCACAGACAGCGGCAAGGGUUCAGCAUCUUCAGGCAGCACCACCUCCCCAACCUGCUCUCCCAAACAUGAGGGCUUUAGCCCUAAGAAGUCAGCUUCCCAGGAAUCCACCCUGAGCGAUGAUUCCACGCCCCCCAGCAGCAGCCCUAAGAUCCCCAGCGGUCCUCGACAGGAGGCUAAGUGUUCCUACCCCUACCACACACUGUCCCAGUCCUCAGACGAGUUCCUGGAUGAGCCCCUCUCCUCUGUCCAGCACUGGAACAGCCAGCAGGUGGGCCAGUGGCUGCACAGCCUCAACCUAGAGCAGUAUGCUGCUGAGUUUGCUGCCCGCCAGGUCGAUGGGCCACAGCUGCUGCAGCUGGAUGGAAGCAAGCUGAAGAGCCUGGGGCUCAGCAACUCGCAUGACCGGGCACUAGUGAAGCGGAAGCUGAAGGAGCUGGCGGCCGCAGCUGAGAAGGAACGCAAGGCCCAGGAGAAGGCUGCUCGGCAGCGAGAGAAGCUGCGGCGCCGCGAGCAAGAGGCCAAGAAGAGCUAGGGGUGGCAGGGCGGCAUUGGCACCUGGGUGUGGGCAGCCGCCAGUGACCACAGGCCUCACCGGGGAGGCGGGGCCUGGACACCAGGCCUGGG